AGUUGGAAGGAGGAGUUUUCGAGUUUAAAGGAAAAAAAACUGGUGAAUGGUGAUGGAUAACACCAAUAGAGAGCUGCAUUUUGUUUUCAUGAAUUAUGAUGCCGAAUAUGAGCGCCUUAGAUCUAAAAGAACAAAGAAAGGGGCACACGAGCUCGAUUUGUACUUAAGUAGAAAGCAUGACGAUGUUUUGGCAAAGAACCUUGAGCCGGGAAGCUACAAGAAGACCCUUUCUUUGGUUAUUGUCGAUGGUUUUGCAGUAGAAAUCACUGAUGAGCAGGCCAAUGUGCUUAGAUCUGCCAAUGAAGUGAGGAUUGUGGAGAAAAAUCAAGAGCUUGUAUAGUACUAUUGAUUGCAAGAAAAGAAAGAAAGAGGAAAUGUACUUCUAAUUAAAUGCUUUCAUUGAUGAUAUUAUAAAAGAUCAGUUGAUGCA